UGUGUGCGUGUGUAUGUGCGUGUGUAUGUGCGUGUGUGUGUGCGCGUGUGUUGACACUGACAGGAAACACCGUGUCAGCUGAGCUGACGGACUUUCACCUUUCCGUCUCAGAACGCGUGAAAAGACGCGGCGCGCGCGCUCUCCCCCUCGCAGCGAGCAGGUCGAUGGAUUUCCACCAACUUUGCACUUUUGAAACUUUCCAGCAGCUCUGGAGUCACUACGGCUAUGGAGGGAACUUCCGAGACGUGAUCGAGCAGGAGUUCGCCCGGAUUAAAGGAACAACAUAUCUGGAUCAUGCCGCGGCCACUCUGUACCCCGAGUCCCUGGUCCGGGACUACUGCCGGGACAUUACCGGGAAUGUUUACGGAAACCCUCACAGCCACAGCCCCAGCAGCUCGCUGACACAUGACACCAUGGAGAGGGUGAGAUACAGGGUAUUGCAGCAUUUUAACACCACCCCCGAGGAGUACUCUGUGGUUUUCACGUCUGGCUCUACAGCCGCGCUCAAAUUAGUGGCUGAGAGCUUUCCCUGGAGGCGGCGGGCGGAGGGCGGGGCGGCGAGCCUCUUCUGCUACCUCACCGACAGCCACACCUCGGUGGUGGGCAUGAGAGGGCUGGCGUCCCCCCGGGGGGCGGUCGCGCUGCCCGUCCUGCCACAGGAGCUGCGAUGCGGGGCCGAGGGGGGCGCUCAGGGCGGGGACGACGCCGCCUGCCAGACGCCCCACCUCUUCUGCUACCCGGCGCAGAGCAACUUCUCCGGGAGGAAGUACCCGCUGGGCCAGGUGCGAGGCAUCCAGGCCAGGCGCCUGUACCCGGCGUGCGAGCGCCCGGGCCGCUGGUUCGUGCUGCUGGACGCAGCCUCCUAUGUCAGUUGCUCCCCUCUUAACCUCCGAGACUGCCCCGCCGAUUUCAUCCCCAUCUCCUUCUACAAGAUGUUUGGGUUCCCCACAGGUCUGGGGGCCCUUCUGGUCCGCAAUGACGCAGCCAGCGUACUGAGGAAGUCUUAUUUUGGCGGAGGCACGGCGGCGGCCUACCUCUCGGGGGAAGAUUACUACGUGCCGGCUGCGAACGUCGCUGACAGGUUUGAGGAUGGCACCGUCUCUUUCCUGGACAUCAUCGCCAUAAAUCACGGGUUUGAAUCGCUGCGCCGGAUCACAGGGAGCAUGCACAACAUCCAGCAGCACACAUUCGGCCUGGCGCGCUACACUUACAUGCUCCUGUCAAGUCUUUGCCAUGGCAACGGGAAACCGGUGGCUCGCGUCUACACCGAGGGGCAGUUUGAGAGUUCAGUCACACAGGGCGCCAUCCUGAACUUCAACCUCGUGGACUCUCACGGGCAGAUCAUUGGGUAUUCGCAGGUGGACAGGAUGGCCAGUCUGUACGACAUCCACGUGCGGACCGGCUGCUUCUGCAACACCGGCGCCUGUCAGUUCUUCCUGGGGAUCAGCGGUCAGCAGAUGAGGAAGAAUCUGCAGGCCGGCCACGUCUGCGGAGACAGCAUGGACUUGGUGGACGGCCAGCCGACCGGAUCUGUUCGGGUGUCCUUUGGCUACAUGUCAACGUUUGAAGACUGUCAAAAGUUCCUGAAGUUUGUGGCCGAGUGCUUCGUGGAGAAGCCGGUCACGGUGGACCACGCCAGGCUGCAGAGGCUAAAAACAGCCACGGCGCCGUCCGAGGACUCCGGCGAGUAUCCGUCAAUAAAACAGACUAAUGGAGGGGUGUAUGAAGCAGACGAGCAGCAGCCCGCGGAGGCGCCACUGACGGGAUUUGGAUUCAGAGACGCACACAGCCGUGGGGGGGCUUACACCCUGACCGGCAUCUACAUUUAUCCCAUCAAAUCCUGUGGAGCGUGUGAGGUGCACGACUGGCCGCUGGGACCGCAGGGUCUACUGUACGACCGGGGCUGGAUGGUGGUGAAUGGGAACGGCGUGUGUCUGAGUCAGAAGAGGGAGCCCCGCCUGUGCCUCGUACGCCCACAAGUCCGCCUCUCCUCAAACCGGUUGCUCCUGCAGGCCUCAGGGAUGAAUACCAUUUCGGUUCCGCUGAAAGACGACGCUCAAUUGCACACGGACGAGCGAGUGUGUCAGAGCAAAGUUUGUGGUGACAGGGUGGAGACGGUGGACUGUGGAGACGAAGCGGCGUCCUGGCUCUCAGACUUCCUCGGACAGCCGUGCCGCCUGAUAAGACAACGGCCCGAUUUCACCCGGGAGAUGAGGAAGAAGCCGGUCGGAGCUGCCGCCUCCACGUCCCUGUCCCUGGUGAACGAGGCGCAGUAUCUCAUGAUCAACUCCGCCAGCGUGGAGCUCAUUCGGGAGCUAAUGAGCUGCAGGCAGGACAAUUCGGAGGGUGAUCAGCUCCUUGACACACAGAGCGUCAUUAGCCGCUUCCGAGCCAAUUUAGUCAUCGCUGGAGAAGAACCAUUCGAGGAGGAUAAUUGGUCGCACUUGAUUAUUGGCAGCACCCGAUUCGUGGUGGCGGGUCAGUGCGGACGCUGCCACAUGGUCGGGGUGGACCAGGAGACGGGGGCCAAAACCAAAGAGCCGCUGCUGUCCCUGACUGCCCACCGCAAGGGGAAGGUCAGUGUGUGUGUGUGUGUGUCUGUGUGUGUGUGUGAAAAGCGUAAUUCCACGUGUCAUUUUCAGGUGACCUUCGGCGUGUACCUGACCCACGAGCGGCCUGAAGGCUCUCCUCCUGCGUCCGGCCUCCUGUCCGUCGGCUCGGCCGUCCGGCCGGAGCCGCACAGCACCUGAGGAACAUCCUCUAUAUUUACUCCGCCGUCAUCGUCAGUCCCUAAGUGACCGUUUCUACGCCGCGUUGCCACUACCCCGUUAUGCUCUUUAAAUACAUCCAAUGAGGCGGCGUGAGCGAGCCGUUAUUCGAUUAGAAAUGUCUAGCUUUUUGACGCGGUUGGAUAUUCCCACAGAAGGUCAUGUGCAGAAACCUAAAACACACAAAUCAUAUCUCUGCAGCAGAAUAACUGACUGGGUGCUCAGUGCCUUGAAAAUCAGAGCUUAGACUCGAAAGAAUGAUAACUGGUUGUCAAGAUGAGGGAAAACGUGUGCGGCCUGAAAGAUAUUGGGGUCAGAAGACGUGACAGAGUAACAGAACACACAAGAAUUGGGACAAAAAUAGCCAAAUGGUAUCGCUGCAUUUAUUUGAUUUUUGUGUUUUAUCCCCAUCAGUUUGUCUGACAUUAUUGAAAAAAAAAGAAAACAUAAAUAUUGUGGAUGUCAAUCACAUCAGUGAAAAUAAAGUUUUAUGUUCAAGCAGACUCUCUCAGGUCGGCAUGUCUGAUGGAAUAACCCCCGAAAAAACCACCGUUUAAAAAUUAUGUUUGUAUAAUAUUAUAGAAUAUUCACGCUAAGGCACGAUUCACUUGUAAUUCCUGUAAAUUCUUUUUUAAUGAAAUGUAAAGACUUGGACCGGAUUUGGAAGAUUUUCUUCUCCAAGGCAAUUAUGUGGAUUUUAUUCUGUGGAUUAAAGUUUUACCACUGACAAACUGACACUGUGCGGCUUUGUUUAA